AUGAAGCCUCCUCCUCACACUUGGUCGAGGCUGUCGCUUCUCUCACCACCACCUCGUCGCAGCAAGUCAACGGCAGCAUUCGACAAGACCCGCGUCAAUCAAACCCUCUCGCUCCGCGACGGGCGCACCCUCGGAUACGCAGAGUACGGCUGCCCAUCGGGCUUCCCGCUCCUCUUCUUCCAUGGCUUCCCUUCCUCGCGCCUCGAGGGCUGGGCCCUCAGUCACGUCGCCCACCGCCGCAACCUCCGCAUAAUCACGCCCGACCGCCCCGGAUUCGGCCUCUCCACGUUCUACCCCGGCCGCCGCAUCACCGACUGGCCCGCUGACGUCCACGCCCUGACGCAGCAUCUGCGCCUCUCGCGCUUCGCCGUCCUGGGCGGCUCCGGUGGGAGUCCGUAUGCGUUGGCGUGCGCGCACGCGCUGCCGCGUGAGUCGUUGGCCGCGGUCGGGCUUUUGGCAGGAGCACCGCCGUGGAUAGCGGGCACGCAGGGUGUGUCCCUGUCGCGGCGGAUAGCAUCUUCGGCGGCGACGCACUGGCCGUCGGGUCUGUUGGCGUUGACGGAUAUGCUAGUCGGCAUGCUCAGAUGGAUGGUGACUACUGGUCCCGUCAAAAGAGCACUGGAUACCUGGCUACAGCAGCAGAAUGCCAAGACCGACGGCGCUGAGGCAGGAAGCUCGUCGACCGAGGAGGACAGAGAGCGGGUUCUACAGCUUGGAUUUGAAGCGUUUGCCCAGGGUGCUGGAGGGUUCGUGCAGGAGACGCGGCUGUUGACGCAUGAUUGGGGAUUUCGGUUUGAAGACGUAAGAUAUGACAAGAUUCAGAUCUGGCAUGGUGCGAAGGAUGCCAAUUCGCCGGUGCGGAUGACGAGAUAUAUGGCGGAGCGGCUGCCUCACUGUGUGCUACGCGAGUUCGAUGGUGAUGAUCACUACACUAUGGUUCGUCAUCUGGAGCAGAUCGUAUCGGAGUUUGUUCCAGAAGAGAUGACGAGCGAAUAUAACGGCAAGACAUCAUGAUGCUUUCUUUUUUUUUUUUUGUCGAGCUUGGUCGGAGUGGACUGAGCGUUGUACAGUACAGCUUCUAUAGAGUCCGUUCAUAGAACAU